UCCUUCUAGCAUCUCUGUAGUCUCUACUCACCUAAGCAGCCAAGUCUCUCAAUUCAAUCUCAUCACCUCCAAGUGCAUUGCUACAGCAAGAGAAGCAUGGCAAGAAAUAGUUUCCUGCCAUUCGCCAUCCUUAGUAGCUUCUUCUCCGUCGUCACUGGCCAACUCCAGACACUGCCGGCAGCGGCUAGUGGCCUUCCUGCUGAUCUGUUCGGCAUAGGUAUCGCGUCGAGGAUCCGAACAGACCGCAACUCGACGGCGAAGGCCUCGACGGACUUUGGCCGCAUGGUCGAGGCCGCGCCGGAGGCCGUCCUCCACCCGGCCACGCCAACCGACAUCGCUGAGCUCAUCCGGUUCUCGGCCUCCUCGCCGGUGCCGUUCCCCGUGGCGCCGCGAGGGCAGGGCCACUCCUGGCGCGGCCAGUCGCUCGCCCCGGGCGGCGUGGUCGUCGACAUGCGCUCGCUGGGGCGCGGUCACCGCGCGCGCAUCAACGUGUCCGCGGCCGGCGCGGAGCCGUACGUCGACGCCGGCGGCGAGCAGCUGUGGAUCGACGUCCUCCGCGCGACGCUGAAACACGGCCUCGCUCCGCGCGCGUGGACGGACUACCUUCGCCUCACCGUGGGCGGCACGCUCUCCAACGCCGGCAUCGGCGGGCAGGCGUUCCGGCACGGCCCGCAGAUCGCCAACGUGCACGAACUCGACGUUGUCACCGGAACGGGUGAGAUGGUGACAUGCUCCCGGGACAAGAACUCGGACCUGUUCAUGGCGGCUCUGGGCGGAUUGGGUCAAUUCGGGGUCAUAACCCGGGCCCGGAUCCAGCUCGAACCGGCCCCAACGCGUGUGCGUUGGGUCCGACUCGCCUACUCGGACGUGGUCACAUUCACCAAGGACCAAGAGCUUCUCGUAACAGUAACAGAUGGGGCUAGCGAAACCGGGUUCGACUACGUGGAAGGUCAAGUCCAGCUCAACCGGUCCUUGGCCGAAGGUCCCAAGUCAACGCCAUUCUUCUCUGGCUCCGAUCUCAAUAGGCUCGCCGGGCUCGCUUCGCGGACUGGGUCCGGCGCAAUCUACUACAUUGAAGGCGCCAUGUACUACGAUGAGGACACCGCUACAUCUGUGGACCAGAAAAUGGAGGCAUUGCUAGAGCAACUAAGCUUCGAGCCGGGGUUUGUGUUCACCAAGGACGUGACGUACGUGCAGUUCCUCGACCGCGUGAGGCAAGAGGAGAGGCUGCUCCGGUCAGCCGGCGUGUGGGAAGUGCGGCACCCAUGGCUGAACCUCUUCAUCCCCGGGUCACGCAUCCUCGACUUCGACACCGGUGUAUUCAAGGGCCUCCUCAGGGACGGCAGCCCGGCCGGGGUCAUCCUCAUGUACCCCAUGAACAAGGACAGGUGGGACAGCCGGAUGACGGCGGUGACCCCGACCGCCGGCGAGGACGUGUUCUACGCCGUGGGGCUGCUCUGGUCGGCGUUGUCCGUGGACGAUGCGCAGCGGCUAGAGAGGGACAACGAGUCGGUGCUGGCCUUCUGUGAUCAGGCAGCCAUCGGAUGCAAGCAGUACCUGCCGCACCACACGUCUCAAGAAGGGUGGCGGCAACAUUUCGGGGCCAAGUGGGGCAGGAUCGCCGAGCUGAAGGCAACGUAUGAUCCUCACGCGAUACUGUCGCCGGGGCAGAGGAUUUUCCCAUCGGCAGCGGAGGCCGUUGGCAUUGCGUCUGCGUGAUUGGCCUUUUUUUGGCAAUCCUGAAGCAGAGGGAAAUGAUCUUCGCAUGUAGAAGUAGAACGUAUACGAUAGGUGUUUCAUAGGUAGGAGUCCAUCUCCGCAUUCUUCC